AUGGAGUCGCUUAUAGCCCUCUCUUUGUAUGGUAAUUAUUUAACGGAAUUCCCGAGCUUCAUUUUUGGAUGCAAGAAGUUGGUACACUUGGAUUUGUCUUCAAAUUCAAUAACUGGUCCCAUUCCAGUUGAGCUCAAGAAGCUACCAAAAUUGCAGGAACUUAUACUAAGUGGCAACAAUUUCACAGGUUCAAUUCGUCAUGAUAUUGGCUUAAUCUCAGGGCUCAAAACACUAGAACUCAUCCCAUCUCAACUUGGGCUUUGCACAAACCUAGAAGCCUUAUUAUUGCAGAAUAAUAAUAUAAGAGGCUCUUUACCACCAUCUCUUGCUGCAUCGAGUAGAACUUUAGAGUUUUAUAUUUUUGGCAAUAGAAUUACUGGUGCCAUCCCUUGGUGGAUUUUCACCAAUUGGACUAAUCUAAGAACCUUGAGUCGUAGAGAAAACUCAUUCAUCGGACCAAUCCCCCUAGAAAUUGGUCUUCUCAAGAACCUUCGUUGGCUAGAUAUUAUUUCGAAUAAGUUUUCUGGACAUAUCCCUCUGGAAAUAGGAAAUCUUUCCAAGCUUGUUUACUUGAACCUACGUGGUAACCAUCUCAUAGGAUCUCUUCCUUCAGAACUGUGCAACCUUAAAGCCAUUGAAAUAUUAGAUCUAAGUUCAAAUAAUUUUCAUGGCCAAUUAUUCCCUGACUAUCACCCACAAGACAAAAAAUUUCUCUACGCAAGCAACAACAUUUUUGGAAAUAUCCCAGUUGCUUUGAGCCAAAAUAAUAAAGUUCCAAAUGUCAACUCCUCAAUAAAGUGUAUGAACAUCAGUCGUCUCAAAUUUCCGAAUCAAGUAAAUCGAUUUUCAAGUUCUAUUCCAAGAAACAUUGGGCAAGCCAUGCCUAAUAUACGAUUGUUGAAUGUUUCUACUAAUGGUACUACAGGAUCCAUCCCCAACUCCAUAGGAGACAUGAUGAAUUUGACCAUGCUUGAUCUUGCUUGGAAUAAAUUGAUGGGACCUAACCAUCUCAGUGGAAAGAUUCUGGACAAGAUUCAUAAAAUGCGGGUUUUGGAAAAUCUCGAUUUAUCAAACAAUCUGCUUUCUGGUGAAAUUCCUUCAAACAUGCCAUCUCUAACAUUCUUGGGAACUUUGAACCUAUCAUUCAAUAAUUUAUCAGGACCCAUUCCCUAUAGCGGUCAUAUGAGUACAUUCGAUGCUUCAUCGUACUAUGGGAACCCACAUCUUUGUGGUCCUCUUCUUCCUCUUCCUGAGAAGAAGUGCACUCACGACGAGUCAAUCUCAAAUUCAAGUAAUAGCAGGAACAUGAGAAAUGGGUCAUCAGAGAUUCCAUGGAUGAGCGUGGGUUUAGAAUUUGGGUUUGGAUUCAGUGGGUUGUUCUCAGUGAUAUUUGUUCCAAGGAAUAACCUCUUCGGCCGGAUCCCUUAUCGGCUUGGUAAACUAAAACAGGCAAGCUUCCUGGACUUUGGAGAUAACCACCUGAUUUCUCCCAACACGACAAGAUUUCUGAACAUGGAGUCUCUUACUGACCUCUUUUUAUAUGAUAAUUCCUUAACGGAGUUCGCGAGCUUCAUUUUUGGAUGCAAGAAGUUGGUACACUUGGAUUUGUCUUAUAAUUCAAUAACUGGUCCUAUUCCAAUUGAGCUCAAGAAACUAACAAAAUUGCAGGAACUUAUACUAAGUAAAAACAAAUUCACAGGUUCAAUUCCCCAUGAUAUUGGCUUAAUCUCAGGGCUCAAAACACUUGACCUGGCGGGAAAUGAUAUUUUAGGUGGACAUAUCCCAGCAUCUCUCGGACAACUUCGGGCUCUUGAGCAUCUAUACCUUAUGUCAUGUGGGUUGAAUUCUAGCAGCCCAUCUCAGCUUGGGCUUUUCGCAAACCUAAAAUACUUAUAUUUGUCUUUAAAUAAUUUAGCAGGUUCUUUACCACCAUCUCUUGCUGCAUUGAGUAGAAUUUCUGACUUUUUCAUUUCUAGUAAUAGUAUUACUGAUGCCAUCCCUGGGUGCAUUUUCACCAAUUGGACUAAUCUAAGAAAUUUGGCUCUCGCACGUAACUCAUUCAUCGGACCGAUCCCCAGAGAAAUUGGACUUCUCAAGAACCUUCGCUGGCUAUUAAUUUCUUUCAAUAAGUUUUCAAGACAUAUCCCCAUGGAAAUAUGGAAUCUAACAAAUCUUGAGUUCUUGGAAUUUGCAAGUAAUGAGCUCAAUGGUACACUCCCUUCCUCCAUUAGAAAUCUUUCCAAGCUUGUUUACUUGAACCUAUAUGGAAACCAUCUCACAGGAUCCAUCCCCACCUCCAUAGGAGACAUGGUGAAUUUGACCGUGUUUGAUCUUGCUGGGAAUAAAUUGAUAGGACCUCUUCGGACUACCUUGGGAAACCUAAUUGAUCUCAAGUAUUUGAACCUGAGUAACAAUACGUUAUUAGGUAAAAUUCCAGCAUCAUUGAGAUAUUGUUCCAAAUUAAAGUCUCUUGAUCUCGGUGAGAAUCAAUUAUCCGGGAACAUCCCAACUUGGAUAGGCAAAAGCAUCAAGUCCUUUUAUGUCCUUUGCCUAAGAUCUAAUAUGUUCAAUGGGACGAUUCCUCGAGGGAUAUCACAUCUAUGUUCUCUUCAAGUGCUAGAUCUAGCACUCAAUAAUCUAUCAGGUGUAAUCCCCGCCAUUUUCAACAACUUAACACCAAUGAUCAUGUCCACCACUCCAGAGUAUUACAUGGUGGAAAUAUAUACAUAUUUGGGAAGGAUUGAACUAACUUUUUUUGGAGAUGUCAAUAUAUUUGUAAAUGGGAACAUGCAGGAAUACAACCGGUCCUCUUCUCCUGUGACAACUAUCGACUUUUCAAGCAAUAAUUUAUCAGAAAGAAUCCCAGAUGAAUUGACAAGAUUGAGUAGCUUGCUUAUGUUGAACUUGUCUCACAACCAUCUCAGUGGAAAGAUUCCAGACAAGAUUCAUAAAAUGCGGGGUUUGGAAGAGCUCGAUUUAUCAAACAAUCUGUUUUCUGGUGAAAUACCUUUAAACAUGCCAUCUCUAAUAUUCUUGGGAACUUUGAACCUGUCCUUCAAUAAUUUAUCAGGACCCAAUCCCUACAGCGGUCAGAUGACUACAUUCGAUGCUUCGUCGUACUAUGGGAACCCACAAGUUUGUGGUCCUCCUCUUCCUCUUCCUGAGAAGAAGUGCACUCGUGACGAGUCAAUCUCAAAUUCAAGCAAUAGCAGGGAUAUGAGAAAUGGGUCAUCAGAGAUUCCAUGGAUGAGCAUCUGUUUUGGAUUUGGGUUUGGAUUCGGUGGGUUUUUCUCAGUGAUAUUUGUUUUAAAGAAAUGGUCCCAUUCCGUUCUUGAGUGGAUGGAUUGCUUCACAGCAUUUUGA